CGGUGGCGACAGCAGUGGAGACAGCGCGGGGACGAGAGAGAGGGGCCAGGGACCAGCAGAGACAGGACAGGGAGUCCUACCCCAGAGACCCGAGACCUGGGACCCGGGCCGGACAGACAGGAGGGUGGUGUGGAGGUGAGGGAGGGGAAGAAGAGGUGAGAAGGAGUGAAAGACGUCAACAGAGCAGGACCCACAGACACCCGGAGGCUAAAAGAGGGGAGAGGGGUGAGGUAGAGAGCGAGCUCAGAGGAAUCUGUGGGCUCAGGCGCAGGGGGAGACCGGGCCGGAGCCCUUCAGACGAGCUCCCAGACCACGCAGUGGGUUGAGUGGGCCGGUCGCCUUUCGAGGAACCUAGACGAGGGGCAGCCCAAGGGCCUGAUGACACCAGGCAACCCCAAGAUGGAGCUCAGGGACCCCGAGAACCAGGAGGAUGGGGACCCAGAGGAGGACACAGCCACGGCCCUCCAGCGGCUUGUGGAGCUGACAGCCACCAGGGUGACCCCAGUGAGGAAUCUGCGGGCCCAGUAUCGCCUCAUCCGAAAGCUUGGCUCGGGCUCCUACGGCAAAGUGCUCCUCGCCCGGCCCCGCCAAGGGGGUCCGGCUGUGGCUCUGAAGCUCCUGCGUCGGGACUCGGUCCCGAGAUCCACCUUCCUGAGGGAGUUCUGCGUGGGCCGCUGCGUCUCCUCACACCCGGGCUUGCUCCAGACCCUGGCGGGACCCCUGCAGACCCCCCGGCACUUCGCCUUCACCCAGGAGUACGCGCCCUACGGGGAUCUCAGCGGGCUGCUGCAAGAGCGGGGCCUCCCCGAGCUGCUGGUGAAGCGGGUGAUGGCCCAGCUGGCCGGGGCCCUGGACUUCCUCCACAGCCGGGGGCUGGUGCACGCCGACGUGAAGCCGGACAACGUGCUGGUCUUCGACGCCGCCUGCAGCCGCGUGGCCCUCGGGGACCUGGGCCUGACCCGGCCGGAGGGCAGUCCGACCCCGGCGCCCCCGGGGCCGCUGCCCUCCGCCCCGCCCGAGCUCUGCCUUCUGCUGCCCCCCGACACCCUGCCCCUGCGGCCAUCCCUGGACUCCUGGGGCCUGGGGGUGCUCCUCUUCUGCGCCGCCACGGCCUGCUUCCCCUGGGACGUGGCGCUGGCCCCGGACCCCCAGUUCGAGGCCUUUGCCGGCUGGCUGACCACCCGGCCCCAGCCGCCUCGACCGCCCCGCCCCUGGGACCGGUUUGCGCCCCCGGCUCUGGCUCUGCUCCAGGGCCUGCUGGACCUGGACCCCGAGACCAGGAGCCCCCCACUGGCGGUCCUGAACUUCCUGGGGGACGACUGGGGGCUGGAGGGGGACAGUGGGGGGCCUGGGGGCUCGGGGAGCAUCUCUGGGGAGGAUGGGGAGGAGGAAGAGGAGGGAUCCAGCUUGGAGGAGUGGACAGAGGAGGAGGAGGAGGGGGACCCGGGCAGCGUGAGGGUGGGGACAGAUGGGGGAACUCCCGGACCAGGUGACUGAGCAGGUGGCCGGGCCCGAGCCAGAGGCCCCUCCCGCAGCCUCCACGGCCACCUGGAUGGAGAGACAGCUGCUCCCGAAGGACAGACGCGGCCCAUCAGGUCUCUCCCUUCCGGAGGCCGGAUGUGGCCGCACUACCCCCUCCCCCUCCCCACACGAGGACCCAGGAGCCCAGGCCCCCAGCCCCUCCUCCCUCAGACCCAGGAGCCCAGGCCCCCAGCCCCUCCUCCCUCAGACCCAGGAGUCCAGGC